AUGUGGUGGGAAUACAAUACAGCAGAGACGAAACAGUCCCGGAGGUUCCUGGAGUGUGUGGAAGGUAACUUCCUGCCACAGCUGGUGAAGAAGCCAACUAGAGAGGAUGCCCUCCUGGACCUGCUGCUUAUUAACAGAGAAGGACUUGAAGGAGAUGUAAUGGUUGGAGGCCGUCUUGGGCAUAGUGAUCAUGAAACAACAGAUUUUUCAAUUCUCUGUGAAGUAAGGAGAGGGGGUAGCAGAACUGCUAUCUUGGAAUUCCAUAGGGCAGACUUCGGUCUGUUCAGGCGACUGAUUGGCAGAGUCCCUUGGGAGGCCGUCCUGAAGGGCAAAGGAGUCCGGGAAGGUUGGGGACUCCUCAAGAAGGAAGUCUUAAAGGCACAGGAACAGGCUAUCCCCAUGUGCCGAAAGAUGGGCCAGUGGGAGAGCCAACUGUUGCCUGGGAAUAACUUUACAAAUGAAUGCAACAUUCCUGGAAACUUCAUGUGCAGUAAUGGGCGCUGUAUCCCAGGAGCCUGGCAGUGUGAUGGGCUGCCGGACUGCUUUGAUGACAGUGAUGAGAAGGAAUGUCCAAAAGCUAAAUCCAAAUGUGGUGCCACAUUCUUCCCUUGCGCUAGCGGAAUCCACUGCAUCAUUGGCCGCUUCCGGUGCAAUGGCUUUGAGGACUGUCCUGACGGCAGUGAUGAGGAAAACUGCACAGCAAAUCCCUUGCUUUGCUCUACUGCCCGAUUCCACUGUAAAAAUGGCCUUUGCAUUGAUAAAAGCUUUGUGUGCGACAGUCAAAAUAACUGUCAAGACAACAGUGAUGAAGAAAGCUGCGAAAGCCCUCAAGAAGCAGGCAGUGGCCAAGAUUACGUGACCUCAGAAAAUCAGCUGCUUUACUACCCUAGUAUUACCUAUGCUAUCAUUGGUAGCUCUGUCAUUUUCGUACUCGUGGUGGCCUUUCUUGCCUUAGUCCUGCAUCAUCAAAGGAAACGCAACAAUCUCAUGACUCUGCCAGUGCAUCGACUGCAGCACCCUGUCCUGCUGUCCCGGCUGGUGGUACUCGAUCACCCGCACCACUGCAGUGUCACCUACAACGUCAACAAUGGGAUCCAGUAUAUGUCCAACCAGGCCUACCACAGGCCAGUGGACCUGGACUCUCCGCCAUCCUAUUCGGAGGCUGUGCUCGACCAAAGCAGACCACCUUGGUUUGACCUUCCUCCACCGCCUUACUGUUCUGAAUCUGAAUCCCCUAAUCAGCCAGAUCUUCCUCCUUACCGAUCUCGGACGGGAAGCCUGGUAAGCACAGACACCCCCAUGGUAGGAAGCCCUCUGGGCACAGACGACAGUUGGACAAGAGACAUCCAUGACAGCAUGGAUGGCCACAGAACUCUUCUCGAGAGGACAGCAGAUCAAAGCAAUUCUCUGGUUAACCACAUUGCUGAAAGAGAAGUGUGA